GUUUCAUCCUCUCUUUUCCGUUCCCUACAGCCUCAGUUUCACCGCAAAAACGAAAACACCUCUGCACGAGUGGAUAGACGUGGCUCCAAUGACUUCAGAGCGCUCCAUACUCCCAACACCGUCAGAAGAUACCAACAGCAUACAUGUAGCGAAGAAGCGGAAAAAGAACGCUGAGAGAGUCAGAGUGACAAGGGCGUGCGAUGGAUGCAAGAAGCGGAAGAUCAAAUGCAAUGGCAUGCAGCCGUGCAAGUUCUGUACCCGGACAAGGGUCUCUUGCACUUUUGACUCGGCUUAUGCGAGAGGUCGUUUGCCGGUGAUACCCUCAGCGGAUGAGGUGGGAGAUGAGAGCAUAACUGUAUCGGCUCAAGAUACAAUGCCUCGGAGCGAGAAUACCAGCCCUACGGAUUUGACGCAGCAAUACAUGGCAGAUGCGACCAACCAGAGUGUAGAGUUGCAAGACUAUGGCAUGUCAUCCCAUCUCAUGGAGCAGAGCGGCACGGGCUCACGGGCUGUAACGUCGGUGCAACAGUCACCUGAGCCCUCUCAAGAGGAUCUUCAGGGUCACUACAUCGGUCCUGCCUCUGGCGUGUCGUUUCUUCUCAGGGUCCAGAAGCGUAUGCAUCAAGCAAUAUCGUUCUCUGGCCCAGGAAGCAUCUUCACUUUCGGUGAUGCACCCCUUCAUAAUCCUGACUAUGAUCCCAACUUUUGUAUGAUGCUUCCCAAAGAGGAUGCUCAGCGCUUGGUUGAUCGUUACUUCGACUUUGCCAUGCCAACCUACCGCUUUCUACACCGACCCACGAUUCAAGAAUGGUUCUCUGAGUUUUAUGAGACGUUGGGUACUAUGCGUGAUCCGAAUAAUUCUGCCGCUAAAGUCGCUUUACUCUUCAUGAUCUUAGCCCAUGCUAGGGUCUACAUGCCUGAGAACGACAGACCAGGGCCCUCGGAUCUGAGCUCACGGUAUUACUUGGCAGCUGAGCAUCAACUCUCGAAAGAGAGUGGUUCCAUACGACUCACUAGCGUUCAGGCUCGUCUUCUGCAGUGCUACUACCUCGGAACUCAGUCCCGUGUCAACCAUUGCUGGAGUCAGUUCGGUAUCGUCACGAACCUAGCCCUUGCUAUCGGGCUGAAUCGAAACAAGCGACCCGGCGUUAUAAGCGGACUGAACCAUAUCGAAGUAGAAAGUCGUCGAAGAACCUUUUGGUGCGCUUAUACUCUCGAUGCAUAUCUCAGUGUAUCUCUAGGUAGACCGCGUAACUUUCAUGAUGACGAUAUCGAUACAGAGCUUCCAGCUUGUGUCGACGAUAAUGACAUAACCAAGGAUCAUAUCAAUCUUGCUGGCUCAACUAAGGGCUACUCGGUUAUGCUUGCCCCUCUUGGACAUAUGAAGCUCGCUCGCAUCAUCGGCCAGAUCCUGCGGGGCCUUUACUCAGUCAAGCCUAUCUCGAUCUCCAAACGCUUAGAGGAGACACAACUCGUCUCAAAAGCUCUCGCAGAUUGGCGAGCUGAAUUCUCCCAGUUUCUCGAUGCCGACUACUUUAGUACAUCAUUUCUCGUCCCAAUCGUUCAACGGCAACGCAACGUUCUAAAUUUGACCUACUGGCAUGCUAUAAUACUCACGCAUCGGCAAGCGGUCCUCAACAACUUUGCACGGAUCUCACGGAAUAGAAGGGGCAGUGAGAACGAUGCUGCAACCCAAGAGAGCGUGCAAAGGUGUCUUGAAGCUGCCAUCCAAACAGUUGGUCUGAUCGAUGAGAUGACCGACAACGGACAGAUGUUCCGGGCAUUCUGGGUUACGGCAUAUUUCGCCUUUACUGCAGCCAUGGUUCUGUAUAUCUACGUAAUCCAGAAAUGGGCAUCACCUCCUGAAACCUACAGCGAAUACUUUACAGCUGCAGCUCGAUGCCAAUCGCACAUGUCAACCAUGGUCGAGAAGGGCUCGUUGUCAGAACGAUAUUGCUUCCUGUUGGAAGAACUACGGGUUGAGGCCUUACGCCAGGUGAAUCGGAUGCAUCCCAACGUGUUUGCUAGCCUGGAGGGGCAUGCACAAGACAACGCUUUCCAGUCCAAUGUUAUACCGAUGGACACACCGAGCGACAAGACUUCUUAUACGGAUCUAAUGGGAGAGAAUGGGUUGGACUUUAAUGGCAUGUCUGGUGUUGACUUUUCAGGCUGGGGUCAAUUUGCAUCUAUGGUUUCGUCGGGCUUGGGUAACCUGGAUGCUUUCCUUGAUGAUGAGGUCUUUCGGCUUUAGAAGCAAUUGUAAUACAUAAGCUUGGCAUUCGGCCUCUAAUGGACCGAGUAAUGUUACCCUUUCAGUAUAAUAUUUAAUCAUGGAAUCUUGCCAAUCAGCGGGCUUGACGGAUAUGACCUUACCUUUUCCAGCCAUCGGAUCUAAAGCCGAAGCAGCAUCGGAAAAC